CCCCAGGGAGACGCCACACCAGCAACAGAAAGUCUUGCAGGACAGCAGGAUGCCACCUAAAACCAAAGGAAAGGGGAGAAAAGCUGAGGCACGGAAGAAGAAAAUGAAUUCAGGUCCUGGUGUGGAGGCUGAGGCCAAGCACAGGCUGGUGCUGCUCGAGAAGGAGCUACUUCAGGACCGCUUGGCUCUACAGAGGGAAGAGGCUCGCCGAGCCAGGGCUUCUGAAGACGGGCUGAAGCAGAGGUUACGAGGGCUAGAAGCUGAGCUGGAAAGAACCCAAAGUGAAGGGAAGGCCGUAUAUGCAGAGAUGAGCCGCCAGCGGCAAGCCCUACAGGAGGAGCUGGGGACCCGAAGCAAACAUCUGGAGGAGGAAGUGAGAAGUCUAAAGGAGCAGCUGGAAACAUGCCAAAGGGAGGCUAAGACAGCAAAGGAAGAGGCUGAGCAAGCCCUCAGAAAGCAAAAUGGAACCCUGGCUCAGCUUCAUGCCCACGUGGCAGACAUGGAGGCCAAAUAUGAGGAAAUCUUGCAUCUGAAAAUGGGGUGUUCACAGGACAACCUGGACUGUCUACUGGCCAAGCUGAGAGUGGUCAAGCCUCACUGGGAUGCAGCUGUGCUGAGACUCCACACCAGACUCAAGGAGCAGCUUCAGCAAUUUGGUCUCAACCCCCUGGAUCUUUGAAGCCGCUGGCCUCUAAUCUCUAAGCCCUAUCAAUAAAGCAACUUGAUGUAGAAUUCAACAGAACUGUGGAUUAUGGUCUUUGGCAGUGAGAACAUCUGUUCUGGGUUGACCCAUUGUCCUAAACACUGAGUGGUAAGAAGUAGACAAUGUUCUAAACCCUUUCCUGCAGAAACUAGAUCCCAUUCCCUUAAGCCUGGGGUACUUUUGGUCCCUUGAAACUAUCUUGGCUUAAAUGGGCAUGGUGGUGCAUAUCUUUAAUUCCCACACUUGGGAGGCAGAGGCAGACAGAUUUCUGAGUUCGAGGCCAGCCUGGUCUACAGAGUGAGCUCCAGGACAGCCAGGGCUACACAGAGAAACCCUGUCUCGAAAAAAACAAACAAAC